UUCAUUGUGUGUGUGUAACGUCAUAUAAACUUCACAUUAAGCGCUUCAAUUGUUACACACAGUGAUUUAGAAUUUAGAAUUUUAUUAUAAUUACAGAAUAAGAAAUGUCUUGUUGUGGUGAAAACGAUGAAGAGGAACAAAUACCACAACCAACUCGAGUCAGAGGAUGCACAGAUAUUUUCUGGAUGUGCCUUUUUAUAGCAUUUUGGUUUCUUAUGAUUUUAAUAGCAGCUUUCGCAUUGGUAUAUGGUAAUCCAUUACAUCUUAUUAAUGGAUACGAUAGCUUUGGAAAUACGUGUGGUACGAAAAAUAAUCAAAAAUUUGGAAGCAUGGAGCUUUUUGGGCAAGAUACUAGUGAAAAACCAUAUUUGUUUUUCCUUGAUGUGAAAAAUGUGUCACAGUCUUUAAAAAUUUGUGUGAAAAAAUGUCCAGAUAGAACUAUGAAGACCAUGGAUGAAGUAUGUCAAUUUUAUAAAGAAACAGGUUCUCAGUUAUGCCAUGAUAAACCAGGAAAUAAUUUUAGUGCUUGUAGUACCGGAGUUUAUAAGCACAAUAAGACAAAACCUUGUCUUGAAUUACCUGUUUACAAUAGUGUCCCGAUACUUAAUCGUUGUAUGCCAAAGGCUGUUCAAGAUGUAGGAGAAACAAUUAUUUCUAAUUUAUAUGGGCUCAUUAACUCAUGGGAUGUAAUUGAACAAGUAUUAGGUGAUUUAUAUAAAACUUGGAGAGAAAUCUUAGCGUUAUGCUUUUUGGCUUUUGUGCUGUCCCUUUUUAUGAUUGCUAUAUUUCAUUUACUGGCAAGUAUUGUAACUUGGAUAGUAAUGAUUCUUGUUAGUAUUGCAUCAGUAGGUGGAACAGGAUUAUUAUGGUGGACAUAUAUAGGAAUAAAAAGAACGUUAGAUAAAACUGAUCCAAAUCAACUUUUAGAAGAAUCAGUUAGAAAUGAAAGAGCUUUUUUAGUAUUUUCUAUAAUCGCAACAAUAAUAACUAUAAUAUUAUUGUUACUCGUUUGUGUUUUACGUAAACGUAUAAGCUUUAUGACAGCAUUGUUUAGAGAAAGUGCAAAAUGUUUAGGAGAACUACCCGGUUUAUUUUUUCAACCAUUAUUAACCUUUACUGCUUUAAUUUUAUUCUUUGCCUUUUGGGUUGUAGUCAUUUUAUGUCUUGCUACAGCUAAUUAUCCGGGAACAAAAUCAGUUCAAAUGUAUAAAAAUCAUAUAUUUAAUCCUCUAAAUUUAAGUUCUGUUGGAGAAAAAAGUAUCUUAUCACAAGAAGAAAGACUAAGUUUUUCUAUAGAUAAAUUUAAAACGUUUACAUUUGUUGAAUAUGUUGAUGCAACCUGGGUAAAAUAUAUGUGGUGGGUUUAUAUCAUAGGUUUGAUCUGGACAUCAGAAUUUAUAAUUGCUUGUCAAGAUAUGGUAAUAGCUGGUGCAGUUGCACAUUGGUAUUUCAGAGAUAAGGAUGCAAGUAUGUCACCGGUAUGUUCAGCUAUUGGAAAUUUGAUUAGUUAUCAUUUAGGGUCGGUUGCUUGUGGAUCAUUCUUAAUAACUCUUUUUAAAUUACCUCGUCUUAUUUUGACAUAUUUGCACAAGAAGUUUGAGAAAAAUAGAGAAACCUCUCCUUGUGCACAAUGCGGUUUAAAGUGUUGUAUUUGUUGUUUUUAUUGCUUAGAAAAGUUCAUUAGAUAUAUGAACCAUAAUGCAUAUACGGUUGUUGCCAUAGAAGGAACUAAUUUUUGCAAUGCUGCCAGAGUUGCUUUCAAAACAAUUGUUGAUAAUGCUCUACAAGUAGCUGUAAUUAACAGUAUAGGAGAUUUUAUAUUAUUCUUGGGAAAAUGUUUUGUCACGGCCGCUACAGGAAGUGUUGGAUUACUCUUCAUGAGACAGGAUCCACGAUUGCAUUUUUAUGCAGCACCAAUUUUUGUCACUUGUGUAUUUGCAUUUUUCAUUGCUCAUUGUAUUAUUUCUUUAUACGAGACUGUUAUAGAUACUCUGUUUUUGUGUGUAUGCGAAGAUAGAAAUUUAAGUGGAGAAAAUGGAAAAUGGCGUCAGUCUCCAUUAGCACAAAUUGGAUCAGAUGUUAAUACUAAUGGUCAACAAUCUCAUGAAUUAUCACCAAUGAAUGCCUAAAUUCACAUUUAAAUAGUAUUAAUUUAUAUUGAUAACUCUUCCAUAGCUUAUUUAAAUGUUACUUAGGUAUAAUU